AUGGCGAUCACGCCAAGACCAUCGCGACGAGACUUUUUGAAAGCCACUGCACCGCUGUCGCUGGGACUCAACUUCUCAGGACUCACGCUCGCUCGGGCGGCCGCCAUUGGGCAAUCUCACACGGCGAACAUUCGGCAACGUGUGAAUUCUUGCAUUCUGGUCUUCUAUUACGGUGGGCCCAGUCAUCUCGACACGUUGGACAUGAAGCCCGACGGGCCAUCGGAGAUCCGCGGCGAGUUCAAGCCGAUUUCGACCGCGGUGCCAGGCAUUCAAGUUUGCGAGCACAUGCCGAACUUGGCACGCGUGAUGGACAAGGUGACGGUGGUGCGCAGCAUGACGCACGGCAACCGGCUUCACGAUUCGGCAUCGACUAUGGUGUUGCUGGGCAAGGAGCCACCCAACGGCGACGUGGAGAACUUCGCCCCCAUCCCGCAGUUCUUCCCUAGCUACGGAUCGACGCUGAGUUACUUGCGACAAGAUCGAAGUCUCGAUAUUUCGCAUGCAGCGCUACCGCACAAGAUUCACAACGUGAUCGACGUUCCCUGUCAGGGCGGUGGGUUCUUAGGCGCGGCAUACGACCCGUUCCUCAUCACGUGCGAUUCGACGAAGCGAAUCUACAGUUCGAAGAUGCUCGACCGACCGGCCGAGUUGUCGAUCGAUCGAAUCGCGAAGCGUCGCUCGCUGCUUUCGCAGUUCGAUAGCCCUUUGAACUCGCAGGGCGUCAGUUCGGAACUCGAUUCGCUCUACACGAAGGCCUACGACCUGCUGGAAUCGAAAGUGGUUCGCCAGGCGAUGGAUAUCGAGCAGGAAGCGCCUGCGAUCCGCGAUCGUUAUGGUUGGGCAGAGGAACCGAGCCUGGGUGGCGGAACCGGUGCCGAGAAGGGCGUUUCGCGGAACAUGCGAGGGCAGAACCUGCUGAUGGCCCGACGGCUCGUCGAGGCCGGGGUUCCGUUCGUGAAUGUGUACGACUUCUACCAACAGGGCCAGAAUUGGGACACACAUGCAGACAACUUCAAACAGCACAAAGAUGUGCUUGUUCCCAUCGCCGAGCAGUCGCUGGCGACGCUGAUCGAAGACCUCGAGGAGCGAGGAUUGCUCGAUACCACGCUGGUGAUCGCCAUGGGCGAGUUUGGCCGCACUCCGCAAAUCAAUCAGAACGCCGGACGCGAUCACUGGCCCGACUGCUACAGCAUUCUCAUGGCCGGCGGCGGAAUUAAAGGUGGCCACGUCUACGGCGCCAGCGACCAGAUGGGAGCCCAGGUCGAUCUGGAUCCAGUCACUCCUGGUGACUUGGCGGCCACGAUUUUUUGGGCCUUUGGCGUGGACCCAGAGACGCUAAUUCACGACCAAUCGAAUCGUCCCCACCCCAUCGCACGGGGAAAAGCGGCCGCCCCAUACACCGGCGCGUUCCGUGGAUUCAACAACUCGGCCGCCUUCGUCGCCAACGGCUAUCGCACCGGCAUGACGAACCCCGGCUCGGUGAUCGGUGGCCGCCGUAGCUAUAGUUCGAAGAGCUACAGCCCCCGCCGCGGUUUCUUUGGCCGCCGCCGUUAG